GGUGCCGCCCCGCAGACGCCUCAGCAGCCUAGGAAGCUUGUCCUCCAGCCUUGCGCCCCACUCGCCCUGCUCGCCCUGCUAGCCUGGGACCCGCUUCGCUCGCUGCCUUCAUGUGCGCCGCCCGGAUGCCGCCUCUGGCGCAUGUCUUCCGAGGAACCUUCGUGCACUCCACCUGCACCUGCCCCAUGGAGGUGCUGCGGGACCACCUGCUCGGCGUGAGCGACGCCGGCAAGAAUGAUACAAUACCAUCUUUGUUAAAUGCAGAAGAGUAUGUCAUUAGGUAUAUAUGUCACAACUUCUUUAUUCAGUUGCCUAUCAAUGGACAUAUAUGUUGGUUCCCUAUUUUGACUAUUGCGAAUAAUACAGCUAUGAACAUGACUAGCUCAGUGGAGCAUGUGAACCUGCCCAAGCUCCUGAGUGUUGUGGACCUGACAGCCCUGCAGAGCAAAGUUUGCUUGAAACUCACAGAACUGAUAGUAGCUGCUGAGGCUCAAAGGCAUGGUGGAGAAGUGCUGGUGGAGAAGGAGUUGGGGAGGAGAACAUUAAAGAAUGGAACAACUACAGCUUGUUACUUUGGAACAAUUCACACUGACUCAUCUCUGCUCCUUGCAGAAAUUACAGAUAAAUUUGGGCAGAGGGCGUUUGUGGGCAAGGUCUGCAUGGAUUUGAACAACACUGUUCCAGAAUACAAGGAAACCACUGAAGAGUCAAUCAAUGAGACAAAGAGAUUUGUGUCGGAAAUGCUUCAAAGGAAUUACCCUAGAGUGAAGCCCAUAGUGACACCAAGGUUUUCCCUUUCUUGCUCUGAGACACUGAUGAGUGAGCUUGGAAACAUUGCGAAAGCCCAUGAUUUGCACAUUCAGAGUCAUAUAAGUGAAAAUCGAGAUGAAGUUGAGGCUGUGAAAAACUUAUAUCCCAGUUAUAAAAAUUACACAGAUGUUUAUAAUAAAAACAACCUUCUGACAAAUAAGACAGUGAUGGCUCAUGGCUGCUACCUUUCUGCGGAAGAACUGGACGUUUUCAGAGAACAAGGAGCAUCCAUCGCUCACUGCCCCAAUUCCAACUUAUCGCUGGCCAGUGGCUUUCUCAAUGUGCAAGAAGUUCUGAAACAGGAAGUGAAGGUCGGACUGGGUACAGAUGUGGCUGGUGGUUAUUCCUCCUCCAUGCUUGAUGCAAUCAGAAGAGCAGUAAUGGUCUCCAAUAUCCUCCUAGUUAACAAAGUAAAUGAGAAAGGCCUCACCCUCAAAGAAGUUUUCAGACUCGCUACUCUUGGAGGCAGCCAAGCAUUGGGGCUGGACAAAGAGAUUGGAAACUUUGAAGUAGGCAAGGAAUUUGAUGCCCUCCUGAUCAACCCUAAAGCAUCUGACUCUCCCAUUGACUUGUUUUAUGGAGACUUUGUUGGUGAUAUUUCUGAGGCUGUUAUCCAGAAGUUCCUUUAUCUAGGAGAUGAUCGAAAUAUCGAGGAGGUCUACGUGGGAGGAAAGCAAGUGGUUCCCUUUUCAAGUUCAGUUUAAGACCUUGAGUGUCUCCGAGUUCACCUGGUAUAAUAUGGUUCUGCAUCUCCCUUAUGCCCAGGUGGAGUCAGGAAGUUAAAAAUAAAUAAAUAAAUAAAAACAGUUCCUUGUUCUUGGGAUGACUAUCUCUUUAUAUGUCUAGUAACAGUAUUCAACUGACAGAUUAUUGGAAGGAAGUUAAAGUAAUUGUUAACUUCCUAGUUGAACAGGUUCAAAUUAUCUCCCUUUUGAGCUAGAGAUUUAUAUUAAGCUCACAUAAAAGGGAACACUAUUACUGGUGGUAUUCUUAAGGGAUUUAAGUAAAAUUGAUUUCAUAUCUAUAAAUAUGGAAAGGGUAAAUAUUUCUAGAAGGCCAAGUAUUUUGAGCUAAUAAAUGGGAAAAUCAGAAACCUGAAAAUGAACCAGUGAGUAUACUUGUUAUGAAAGAGGAAAAGACUGAAAAGAUAUUGGCAAAUCACUUCAGAUUUUGAAAUUAUAGACUGAGCAUACUAAUUUAAAGAGAGAGAACUUGUUGAAUUUUAAAAUGUAUUUCUAGAUUGACUUUGUGUUCUGGAAAUUUGCAUUUAAUGACAUUUUCAUGUCAGAGAUGUGUUAUUCUUGUGCUUUGCCUUUCUUAAGGUUAGCAUGUCAGAAAUUGAAUGCCACAUACUUUCUCAAUAUAGGUCUGUGCUUCAAAGUGUUUGACAGAAGUUGGGCAUUAAAGAUUUAAAGUCUUUUAGGACUAUUGUUCAUAGAACUACCUGUAAUUAACAGUUGCAUUUUUGUGUACUUCAGAAUCACCUUAGCUAAUGACUGUGUCAUGUAAUUAUUGCCUCAGUUUUAUUAUAAGUAAAACAAAUUCUCUGUUUUACUGUUGUGUAGACAGAAAUCUUUAUAAAAUGGGGAAAAUGUUUGGCAUCCAUAAUAUUUCAAUACAGAAAGUAAGGAUUUCAUUGCAAUGACCCUUCUUCCCCCAAGAACUGGGUAUACUAUAAUGGCUGGGAAUUUCAUACUAAGAUAACAAUCUGUUAGAAUCGCCAUAUUUAAAAUAAAAGAUAAACUUCAUAAAAAUUAUUAAAAGUCUUUAAACCCUGCAUAUUGGAAGAAUUCCAUUUUUCUUUUUAUUUAUUUAUUUAAGAAAUGAGACAUUAACAAAACCAUAGGCUAGGAGGAGUACAACUCCACACAAUUCCUGCCACCCAAUUUCCAUAUCCAUUUUUCUAUUUUAUCCUAUUGUUUUUUCAAUUUCUAGUAAGUUGAGUAUAUUCAAUUUUAGGUUAGUGAAAAACAGAUGCCCCGUUUAAUUGCAUUAAUAAGACUUGAUCUUAUGAGACAUCUGGGAACAUUAUACAAAGCAAAGAUUAUUUUUAUACUUCUUUAGCUAAUACAGCUUGCUUCACCAUCAUUUAUAAUUAAAAUCAAGUUGUAAGUUCUCAAUAAACCUUAAGCAAUAUUGAUGUAAAUGUUAUGUAUGCUUCUCACUUAAUUUCAAAUACAACAAACUACCAAGGAAAAUAGAUUUUCUUAAUUCAACAUAAGACAUAAAUUUAGAGCUUAGGUGUAACUCCUCAGUAUUAACUAAUAGUAGGGAUCUUUAUGUAAUAUCAUUAAUUCCAUAUUUACAGAAGAACACAGUUCCCUCUUCUGUACUUUUUUUUUUCUCAUCAUGCUAGUACAGAAAUCACUUGCCCAGUUUUGUUAUUUGCUUUAUCUUGGUUGGAUUUUUCUCUAUAUUUGUGUCUGAAUCAAUAUACCUAAAGGGAAAUGUAAAUGUAAAAUUGUGGGAGGCUAAUUUCUAUCUUUAUCCAAUUUCUAAUCUACGCCUCUGUAUUGACAGUAUCUCUAAUUCCUGAGUUAUGUCAAAGGUGCCCUGCCAAAGUUCUCCCCACUUCUCUGUAGUGCUAGCUAAUCUUUUCUGCUCUAUCACCCAAUUCCUGUCAAAGGAACUUUGUCACCUGAUGUCUACUCCAAAGGAGUGUCUAAUUCAUGUUGAGACUGGGUAAGAUGUGCAAAAGUCACUAAUCAGUAGCAGUUUUGUUCCAGCCUUUGAAAGACUCUACUUUGACCUUCCUUAAAGAUGUAUUUUUGAUGUUAACUAUCAGACUUCAUUUAGAUUUAGGAUUCAUGUGUAGCUAAACAUAAGUAUAGCAUCAGAGCAGAAAGAAUGGCCAUAUACAAUCAAUCUGUCACACAUUAAUAUAGCAGUGAUAGUAUGUUAAGACCUGAAUAUUUUUUCUAAUAAAAAUAGUGUGUUGAACUGUU